AUGGGUCUCCUCCGCCAUCUCCACGGCCUGCUGCUGCCGCUGCCGCUGCUGCUGCUCUGCUGCGCCAGUCCGUCGUCCCGGGGGGCAACGGCGACGCAGGUGGGGUUCAACUGGGGACUGAAGUCCUCCCACCCGCUGCCGGCUAACGAGGUGGUGCAGCUGCUCCGCGACAACGGCGUCACCAAGGUGAAGCUGUUCGAGGCCGACCCCCAGGCUCUGACAGCGCUGGCCAAGUCGGGCAUCGAGGUCAUGGUAGGCAUACAAAAUGACCUCCUGGAACCUCUCGCCGGCAGCGUCUCCGCCGCCGUCGACUGGGUCACUCAGAACGUCUCCUCCUACAUCUCCAAGCUCGGCGUCGACAUCAGGUAACGAACGAUCAUCCUUCGUUUCGAUUCAAGGGAGGCCGAGGGCGCGCCAACCAUGAUCUAUCCAAACGAUUGAAAGUGUUCGACCGAACAGGUUCGUGGCGGUGGGGAACGAGCCCUUCUUGGAGACGUACAAGGACAAGUACCUGCUGGUCACAUUCCCCGCCCUCCAGAACGUGCAGGCUGCCCUCAUCAAGGCCGGCCUCGGCCGACAGGUGAAGGUCACCGUCCCUCUCAACGCCGACGUGUACCAGUCGGUUUCCGGCCUCCCCUCCGGUGGAGACUUCCGGGACGAUAUCCGCCCUCUCAUGGUCUCCAUCGCCCGCUUCCUCCUCGACAACGGCUCCCCGCUCGCCAUCAACAUCUACCCGUUCCUCAGCCUCUACGCCGACCCUCACUUCCCCGUCGAGUACGCCUUCUUCGAUGGCGGCGCCGCCCCCGUCGUGGACGGCGCCGUCUCCUACACCAACGUAUUCGAGGCCAACUACGACACCCUCAUAUGGGCCCUCGAGAAGAACGGGCUCUCCUCCUUGACGGUGAUCGUCGGCGAGAUCGGCUGGCCGACUGACGGCGACGCCAACGCCAACCUCGUCAACGCCCGCCGCUUCAACCAGGGGCUCCUCAACCGGGUCAUGGCCGGGAAGGGCACACCGAAGCGGCCCUCGGCACCGCCGGAGAUGUACCUCUUCGGGCUCCUCGAUGAGGACACCAAGAACAUCGACCCCGGAGCCUUCGAGCGCCACUGGGGAGUCUUCUACUACGACGGUGGCCUCAAGUAUCCACUGGCGCUCGACGGGGGGCGGAGCCUCGUCCCAGCCAGGGGGGUGCGGUACCUUUCCCGGCGGUGGUGCGUGCUCUCGCCGGAGGCCGGCGUCGACGAUCCCCUGAUCGGCGCCAGUGUUGACACGGCCUGCGGAUUCGCCGAUUGCACCAGCCUCCUGCAGGGGUCCUCUUGCAACGGGCUGGACCCCCGCAGCAAGGUCUCUUACGCCUUCAACCAGUAUUUCCAGGCGGCCAGCCAGCAGAGCGGGAGCUGUGGCUUCUCAAACCUGUCCGUGAUCACCACCACCGACCCGUCGCAGGGAAGCUGCAGGUUCGGGAUCAUGAUCGACACCUCAAGGCGUGUGGCGACGCGGAGCCCCUCUUCCUCCUCCUCCUCCUUCCUUUCCCACGGCUUCAGACGCUGGGGAGCACAGCCAGCUGUUGUCGUGGCGGCGGCCGCGCUGUCGUCACUUCUCCUCUGA